UUAGAGUUAAAUUGUCACAACCAACAAACCAGAAGUCCUUUUCGGAAGAGUGUUAUGAUGAAGGUAGCGUGCAAUGAUAAUGAAAACGAGCAUCUCACAGGAUUACUUAUUCUGGAACUUCGAGAGCAGUGGAGUGCUUUAAAGGAAAAUAAAGAUCAGUUGGGUCUGAAAGUGGUAACGAAUGACAGAAGUCAAUCAACUGAACAAAAGAACGAAAUGUAUAGAGGUCAGACCACGCUGUUAACAUCAAACUCCAUCGUAAAUAAACAACAACGGGCACUCAGCCAACACUUCUUACACACCAAAUAUACGUAG